GCUGUUUCUAUACUGGUGUUGUUUAAACGCACCGACUAUUGCUUUACAAACGUGGUGCUCCCUCGUGGCUAAGGUAUAUUACGGCUCACGUUUUCAACAUGUCUAAAAGCGAACUAGCAUGUGUUUAUGCUGCAUUGAUGCUAGCUGAUGAUGAUGUCGAUGUUACAGUCCAGUUAUAUAUAUAGUCGAAUUAGGGGUGGUUCAGUUACCCAGGAAAGUAAAUGCUUAUCCAUUAAGUUUUCUGGAGUUGUUUCAUGAUUCCUACCCAAUUUUAUUCAUUGUUUUGUCUGUACCAUUUCCUGUGCUCAUAUUCACAUGGUUGUUUAUGUUUUGUAGCUGACAAGAUAAACACCAUACUGAAGGCUGCUAACGUCAAGUUUGUCGAACCCUACCUCCCUAAUCUCUUCGCAUCAUGUUUGAAUGGAAGGAGCGUCAAGGACAUGUUGAUGUCUAUGGGAUCUGCCGCAGCAGCUGCACCGUCUGCGGCUCCAGCGGUUGCUAGUGGUGGUGCUGACAAGGCCCAAGAACCUGCGAAGGCGGAGGAGAAGAAGCCAGUUUCUGAAGACGAAUCAGAUGAAUCUAUGGGUUUCGACUUGUUCGGUUAACUUGUGUCAUUUUGUACAGUACACGUUGGAUUAUCAUGGUCUCGGCUUUCUGGUUUGAUGGCGUGGAUUAUUGCGUGCUGGUUAAAUGCAGUGUGCAGACGGGUAUUUCGUCCGACGGACUGUUUGAUCGUGAGUACUUAAUCAGGUCGAAGAGAUGCGUAAGGCAAUUGUUGAGUGUUGCAAACCCUGGGCUCGUUGACUUCAUAGCCAGGAUAUUCCUCCUGUUCUAUGCUCAUUUCCUGUUUUUUGGUUGUACAUGUACUUGUGAUACGGGCAACAUUUACAUUUCUGGGAUGUCACUCAAAAACGAUCAGUAUGGUAGUCCUGUUGUCAGCGCACAGGAAAUCAGUUCAGGUGACAGUUAGCUUAUCGCAGCUUUCACUAUCCUAGUGUUUUUCUGGGUAUUCUUAAAGUCUGAUGUUUGCGUCGGCAAAUCACUAUGUUCCAACUGCCUAACCGCGUAGAUUGUAAAAUGUGUUUCAAUAUCACAAUAUGG